CUCUGGGCUUCCCCGUGGGGCCUCCCAGGGCACCUGCCCAAGGCCACCCAGAGCGCCAGCCCAGGCAGCGCCGGUGGAGCGGAGCCGGACCUCCCAGCGGCCGAUGGGGGCGGUGACCGCCCGGGGCCUUCCCACGGUUCGGUGGCGCGUCACCGCGGGGGCGAGGGGGCGCCGGGGCGCCCCGGGCUGCGGUGCAGGAAAGGGCCCUGGGAAAGGGCGGCGUCGGCUCCCGGGCCGGGGCGGGGCUGAGGCGGGGCCCAACAACCAACUCCAGGGAUCGCAGGGCUGGGACCCCGCAGCCAGCUUUCGGCAUGAAGCGGCCCAGGGCGCCCAGUGGCUCCGACGGCGAGUCUGAUGGACCCAUCGAUGUGGGUCAAGAGAACGAUCUUAGCCAGAUGGCCAGGCCGCUGACUACCCCCAGCCCUUCGCAGAUGCAAGCCCGGAAGAAGCGCAGAGGGAUCAUAGAGAAACGGCGCAGAGACCGCAUCAACAGUAGCCUUUCUGAAUUGCGACGAUUGGUCCCCACUGCCUUUGAGAAACAGGGCUCCUCCAAGCUGGAGAAAGCUGAGGUCUUGCAGAUGACCGUGGAUCACUUGAAGAUGCUCCAUGCCUCUGGUGGCACAGGGUUCUUUGAUGCCCGAGCCCUGGCUGUUGACUUCCGGAGUAUUGGGUUUCGGGAAUGCCUCACUGAGGUCAUAAGAUACCUGGGGGUCCUGGAAGGACCCAGCAGCCAUGCCGACCCUGUCCGGAUUCGCCUCCUCUCCCACCUCAAGAGCUAUGCAGCAGAGAUGGAGCCCUCACCCACGACCACCAGUGCCCUGGCCUUUCCCGUGUGGCCCUGGUCCUUCCUGCAUAGCUGUCCAGGCUUGCCUUCCCUGAACAGUCAGCUCGCCAUCCUGGGAAGAGUGCCCGGCCCUGUCCUCCCCAGCAUCUCUUCUCCCCCUUACCCUAUCUCAGCCCUGAGGUCGGCACCAGUGCACAGACCUGCUGGUACCAUCCCCCCAACCCGGCGGAAUUUGUUGCCCAGCCGAGGGGUGACUUCCACCCAGAGAGCCCAUCUUCCUGAGAGGCCAGCUGCCCCUCCACCCACAGCCCUUGAUGCCAGGGCUGCCAGGAGCAUAGUCCCAAUCCCACCAUGUUCCCCCACAACAGCCCCUGGAGCUGGGAAAUCUGAUGACAAUGUGUCUGGUUCUAUCUCCAGUCCAUGUCCUUCAGGGCCAACUGGGAGGCCUGCGGGAGCAGUGUUCUACCACUCUUGGGUCUCAGAAAUCACUGAAAUUGGGGCUUUCUGAGCUGACUUCCCACAACCAUCCCCUGGGAAUGAGGAAGGUUCUUUUUUUUUUCUCUCCCUGAAGCUCUAAAAUGGUGCCCUCUUUUCUGUUUUUUUUUUUCUCAAAUGGCAUCUACGCAAAGGCACCUCUCCUCACCCGUCAGAGCCUCGCCCCCCUCACCCUACUCACCACUGAUGCUGACAGCCACCUGGCUUCUCUGCAGCCUUAUGAGAGCUCAGAGCCUUAGUGUCCUUUCCCACUGGCGCAGAUGAGUUACAUGGUGCCUUGUGAGCCCCCAGGUACUGUGGACCCAGUAUACACAUGGACCUUGGGUCUGGGUUGAAGCUUUAACUUCAAGGAUUCCAUGGCCAGCACCAUGAAGAGGUGAGACACACCGCCCCCCUCUUAGUGGGGAUGACUGGUGGGAUUCAGCCAUCCCAAGCCAACAGGAUGGAAUGUACCGUCUGCAUCACUCCCUGAAGACGAAAGCGAAGCAGGGGCUACUGGGAAGUCUCUGUGGCUCACCCCACAACAGUGAAACACAGAACAGAUCUGUUCUCCAGUCCAUCUAAGGCUACAACCCUUCCCACAGGGUUCCCAGGUUGGAGGACCAGCGGCCCCAUGGUGGCACCUCCCAAAGAGUCAUUCCCUUGGGAUUCAGCACCAGACAUACGAGCUGCCUGGUUUGCAUCCGGCUCCCAGAGCCCAGACUGCUGCCACAGCCAAGGGCUGUCAGGCUGGAUAAAAAUAACUUGGAGGAGGGGGAGAACCAUCAGAGGCGGCUCUUCAAGGUCAUGGAGUGGGUUGAGGGCCUGAGAGCCUGCUCACCCAGAUUUCACACAGCUGGUUCUGCUCAGAGGCCUGCCUCAGGCCUCUGGCUUCUAGUGGGAAUAAAUGGCCAGUGGAACAACAGAGAAUGAACCAACCUUUAGGGCUGUCCUGUCAGCGGACAAAGUGUGGAAACAUUUUUGUCCUCUUUGGUGAACACCUGCUCCCCACAAUUCCCCCCCAGGACCACCCAGCAUGCCCUCUGGAAGCACCCUGGCUAAUCCCUGGCAAAGUCAAGACUGUGGGAAACUAGAACUGGUUACUCACUACUGCUGGUACCAUGCUGAUCAUGGGAUACCUUUGAGGUCACCCUGGAAAGGUCUCCCCCUGCCCUCCCGCAAACCCCAUCCCCAGACUUUGUUGGAACCAUGGUCCCCAGGGCUGUUGUAAGGAGCCUGUGGGCACAAGAUUAGAGUUUACAAAAAGCCGUGGAGCAAAAGAGUCAUUUCAGAAAAGUGGAACAGAGGGCAGAGGUCACCUGAGUGACCCAGAAAGUGCUUGUGAAUAGGUCAAGAAGUGAUAAAGACUCCCUUUACUCUCUAAUGAAAGGAAGCUCUUUUAAUAUCACUGCCGUGUUGGACCUGAGUGCAUCACUGUAGUGUGCAUCACCAGACUUCUGAGGGAGACAGACACAGGGACAGAAGGACGCUCCUGCAGGCUCCUGCAAGUGGGGAGAGGAGGCGAUUGAAGUCCCCAGAUAUUCGGGUCUCUGUGCAGGCCUGUAGUUUGGCAGCCUCCUAGCCAGAGAUUCAGUGUCACAGCUCACAGCUUCACUGUGGGAAACAUUUCCAUGUUGCAGGUACUCAAACUGCAGAACAGUCUCUUGACACUAUGGGGACAUGGCAGAAGUGGCUGAACCCUUUGAGCAUCCAUCCUGAUUGGCCUUGGGUUCGUUCUCCCAGGAGACUGAGAGGGCCACCCUACCCCCACCCAGCUGAGAACUCAAGUCCCCUGUUUUUAGUCUCAGUCUGGUGACCCCAGUAGUCUCAUUCCACUCUAGGGUGUUGCAGACAAACAAUAGAGAUGUCUAGUUCUGGACACUUCCACCAGACUUUACGUCCUAAGUAUUUCUGGAGUCUCUGAACCUAUAGCCCUGGCCUCUCCCCUACAUUAUCCCCAGCUUCCUUGCUUCUCUCUGGCUGUGCCAUCAGUUCUGAACAGCCACUGGAGAGAAUGUGGCAUGUGCAGGGCACAUCACAUCAACCCAGCCUCAGACACCACCACCCCCCAUACACACACCCUGUUAUUCUAGUGAUAAAAAUCGGAACACUUUUUACAAUCCACACCUGACUUCUAGUCUUAUUUCUUGCUCGCUCCAAUUUUGCUCAGUGUUUAUGCUACGCUGGCCUGUUCUCUGUCCCCAGCAUUUCCUCUUAGAGCUUCUCAUAUGAGGGUCCCAGAAUGCUCCCCCACUCCCUUUAUGUGGCCUACUUCAGCUCCAUGUCACCUCCUCCUGGAGGCCUUCUGAGACUCAUGUGCUUGAAUAACUCAUCCAUCUGAAAGGUCCCAUUGUUUACCUGCCUGGAGAGUUGGCUGAUGUAUAACUACUUGUAUGUCCACUUGAUUAGGUAUAUUCCCCACCGGAACGUAAGCUCAAUGAGGCCAGGGGCCAGAGCUGGCCUGUGCUCCCAUCUGCACCCAGCAUUGAGCACAGUGCCUACCAACUUCUGUUGCAUAAAUUGAUCAAGGAGGUGAGAAGGCUUCUUGUUUCCUGCUGUGGCUGGCAGACUCCGCUAGGGGUGAGUUCCACUGCCAUUCCUGCUGGCUGACUUUGAGAGGAGACAGGAGAGCCAGGGCCAAAGGACUGGGGGUUCUGGCAGAAUGGUCAGAAGGCCCUGGCCAGAGGAGACGCAAGCGUGCUGGCCUUGGAGUGAAUGCUGACAGCUGAGCUGGCCGGCGGGUUUGUUCUCUGCUCUUGGCCUGGCUUCUUAAUACAUCUAGCUCCCAACAAAUCCAGCAUUCAUGGAGAUCCACUCUGUGCCAGCCAAGCCUGGCAGAGCCAAUGGUAACAAACACAUGGUCACUCAGAGGGCAGUGUAUCCUCUACCUAGAUAAGAUGGGCAUGUGACAAUCCCUGGGGAGGGCAGAAGGCUGCAGAGUUGGGUAGGUGUCUCUGGCUAGGCAGGCUGUAGGAGGGGGCCUGGAAGCAAGCCCUCCCUGAGGAGGACCAGGGGACUCCCUUACAGAGAUCUGGAGGUUUACCCAGGAGCUACAGAAGCAGGCUCUGAACAUACGUGGAGGAUGGGCUAGCCUGAGCUCUGGGACUAAUCUUUAUUACAUACUUGUUAAUGAGAAAUCAUUUUCUUCAAGGUCUUUGCCCUUCUUGAACUUACGUUUUCAUCUGUAAAAUGGCUGUGAUGCAGCCAUGGUUCCCCACAUAUGUGCAUGUGUAUACAUACAUACAAAGAAAUAAAAUUCAUAAUUUUUUUUAAG